GCUGCCAAGCAGUUCGGCGCUUCACCUGCCGAAAUGCUCUAAUGAGGCUCCGACCCGGAUCAUCAUUAAUCCGACAAGACCCUUGCCAUUACAUUAUUGCGGAAUCGCAUCCAACUUGAACACCAUUUCUCCGCCGACCGCUGUUCUCCAAGGUGUUCUUUAUCAUUUAUACCUGGGCUGUCAAGGAUCGCGAGACAACGCACUCAAGAUGCCGGAGACCAGAGCAAGCGGCUCUCAAGCCGCCGCUCCCGGACAGGAAGAAGGGCGCAAAUCCAUGAUGCAGUCCCUCCUUCAAGGCCUUGCCAUCUUCAUGCUUACCCAGUUCGUCAUCAACCAGUUCUUUGGUUCCAAGACGCAGACUGGCACCGGCAAUUCUGCACCUCCGCAAGCCAGCAUGAACUUCGACAAUCGAGCCGACAUGACCGCGUUGACGAACUAUUCUGCCAUCCCGUACAACAUUGCCCCCAUCUGGCCGGAUGACAGCGUUCUCGAUAUCCAAGUCUAUGUUUCCCCGAAGCCCGACGUUGGGUCGCCGUCGAAUCUCCCGAAAGACACUCUGGUGGUCAACGAGAAGGGGUUCAAGAUGGGCAAUUAUUCCGAAGACCGGGAAAUCCAGACCAAGAUCGCGAUUCCCGAAGAGGUUCAGCACAACGGGACUCUAUGGGCUCACUUCUUUGUCGGCUUGAGUGGCAGCCAACUGGACCCGACGGCGGCGGACUAUGACACGGCCAAGGCGACGCAUUUCAAGCGCGCUCUGAACCAUUACUUCCCGAAGAAGAAGACGCGCAAGCUGAAGAAUCUGCUGGACAAGAGCGAAACGACCGAGUCUGAACCCGGAGAGCCACAAGCGCAAGGCGUGCAAAUCGGCUCAUACUAUCACCCCAAUUUCACGGUGGCCGUGGUGCCCAACACGGGACUGCAGAACUGGCGGCAGAUGCACCCCGCGAUGCGCAAGAACAUUGUCCUGGAACCUACGGGCGCACGUGACGCCUCUGGCAUGAACGGAUGGUACUACCCGGUGGUCUUCCUUAACACGUUCUGGCAGCUCCGGUCGCAAAUGACAGAGCUCAACGACACGGUCAAACAAAUGCCACUGAACAUGAAGCUCUAUAACCUGGCCAAUUGGAAAUAUUCGCUUCUGGCCAGCGUCGACGAAGGGAUGAAGCAGAACCAACAGCAAGCGGCGCAAGGGGGUCCAUUACCAGCGGGCGGCGACGGCAGCGAGUUCGAAAAACUGAAAGAAGUGCUCCUCGACACCAAUGCGUAUCUGCUGGGCACGACGUUCGUCGUGAGUAUCUUGCACAUGAUCUUCGAAGGGCUGGCGUUCAAGAACGACAUUUCACAUUGGCGCAAGAAGAAGGACAACGUGGGCACGUCGGUGCGCACGAUUUUAGCGAAUGUCUUCAUGCAGACGGUCAUUUUCUUGUACUUGCUCGACAACUCGGAGGGCACGUCGUGGAUGAUCCUGGCGGGCCAAGGGUUCGGCAUCCUGCUGGAAGCCUGGAAGAUCACCAAGACGGUCAACGUGCGACUGCGGGAACCGGGCCCGGACUCGCGCUUCAAGUUCUUGCCCUAUGUCGUCGUCUUCGAGGACAAACACAAGUUGACCAAGAAGGAGAAGCAGACCCAGGAGUACGACCAGAUCGCCUUCCGGUAUCUGUACAUUGUCGCCGUGCCGCUUUUGCUCGCCUACGCCGUCUACUCGCUCAUCUACGAGUCCCACAAGUCCUGGUACAGCUUCGUCAUUGAGACCCUCGUCGGCUCUGUUUAUGCUUACGGGUUUCUCAUGAUGGUCCCCAGCUUGUACAUCAACUACAGACUCAAGUCGGUCGCUCAUAUGCCCUCCCGCGCCCUGUUCUACAAGUUCCUCAAUACUUUUAUUGAUGACUUGUUCGCCUUUACCAUCCGUAUGCCCUUCUUGCAUCGUCUCGCCACCCUGCGUGAUGAUGUCAUCUUUUUCGUCUGGCUCUACCAGAAGUGGGCCUACAAGGUCGAUUACUCGCGCGUCAACGAGUUUGGCCAGGGCGGCGACGAGAGUGACGAAGACGACGAAGACGAAGAUGAAGACGAAACCGAGAACAAAACCAAAGCCGGGGACAAACAAGCCAAAGACAACAAGAACCAACCCCUUGCCGGCCAGGACACCAAGCAGCUCAAACCCACCGCUCCGAUCGCCAGUGCCAGUGCCACUGGCGCAGAUACCAGCGCUGCGCCGCUGAAGAGGAAGUAGUACAAGCAAAAAGGGAGAUAGCGCCGUCGUUGUCAAAACACCCCAGUGACAUGUUUUCAGCCAUCAUCAUCAGUUGCUGACUACUCGGACGCCUGGUCGGCUUCCUGCAGCUUAUAUAUGCAGUAUCUACCUGUGUCUAUAUCUAUGUCUGUCGAUAUAUCAUGAUAUUGCUCGCUUUGGUCCAAUGUAUCAGGUAUUGAAGGCAUAUGGAGGGUUUGGGCCCCAACUACAAGAAUAGACCGGGCCGGGUCGAACCAAUGUAUCACGACUUGGAGGCUUCUCUGCGUAGACGAACAAAAAGAAUAAAAUCCCAGUCUUAUGUUCAUCCCGUA